CCAGGAGACUCGUGUCAGAGUUUUCAAUUGUACCCGUCGCGAUGAAUCUCAAAGUUCUCAUCAGCUUCCUGGGGCUUGUGGCGUACGCUUCGUGCAACCCGUUGAAGUUGAACGUCACCCAGCUGCUCUGCAACUCUCCAGAGGCUGACGCCGCCGCUCAGGUGUCUCUGGACUUCAUCAACGCGCAGCACACACACGGCUACAAAUACACCCUGAACCAAAUCGAGGACUUCGAGGUCAUCACUAAGCCUGAUGGAACACAAGUGUACCUCCUGGAGCUGGAGUUCCUUGAGACCAAGUGUCAUGUCUACCACCCAAAACUGGUGUCUGAGUGUGAAGUUAGACCCAAGUCUGAAAUGGCGGUUGAAGCAGACUGUGACGUCGCGCUCUCUGAAGCCGGCGGGAACUUUUCUGUCGUAGCAUUCAAGUGCAAAACGGAAAUAGAAACCAUUGGCCUUUGUGUGGGUUGCAUUAUUCUGGACGCACUAAACGACACUGAUGGCAAUCAGCUGGUUCAAAACACUCUGGAGCACUUGAACAAAAACCAUACCCUCCAAGCUACUUUUGCUCUUCUCGACAUUGGACGAUUAACCCAUCAGAUAAUUGGUGGUGGGGCUCGAAGAAUAGCCGAAUACGCCAUUAUCGAAACCAACUGCACAAGUGUGGAUGAUGUUAACUGUGUCCCUCUGGACCAUGCAGUUGCUCGCCAUGGGUUCUGUCAUGCUGAAGGCAAUGGAAACAAUGCGCAAGCUACCUGCGAAAUCUUUGAAGUGGGCAGUGCUCCCCCAGCCGGGCCAGUAUCCCCAUCCACAAAACAGGGCUUGAAGCACCACGAGCUCACAGCCCUGCAUGACCCUAGUGCCACGGGCUACUUGUCUUCUGAGUCACAUUCGGCUGAGAAAGCACCAGUCGUCAAAAGGACAGCAGGAGAUCCUCAACCAGCAUUAGUGGCUAAACCAGAAAUUCUGCUCCCGAGAUGCCCAGGAAAAGUCAUACACUUUUGAGUCCACUCUUUAAAUGUGUCCUUUACAUUUAAAGCUUGUUGGUUUGGGUUUUGUUCUGCAAACAGCAACACCAAUUUCAAAUUAUUGGACCUGUAGGUUGUAUGAUCAGUACAUUAUAAGGUAAUAAAAUAGUCCUCAAACAGA